UGCGCUUGCUAUUUGGAUUAAUUAAUAAGAUUCACUUCAUGGAACCCUCAGUCAGAUUACGUGGAUCCUACCGAGGUGCUUUUACAAAGUUCGCCGACAAGGUGCAGGAGUUUUUGACGUUGAAGGUUGAAGAUUUCGAUUCGUGUGCUGGAUUUUUGGCUCAGUUACAGGAAAAAUAUUCUAAAAUAGAAACCAUCGACAAAGAAAUAUUAGAUAAGUUACAAAAAGAUGAGAAGUGUUCUCAACAGAUGUUGGAUGAAGAAAUUGAGGGUAUUGAGAAUUACAAUGGUACAUUUGUAGACUUGAAAACAAGACUAGAGUGCAGUUUGAAUACGUCGAAGGAGCUAGAUGAAACACGAAGUGAAGGCGAAACUGGCUGUUCUAAGGGAAAUUUUAAGCUACCAAAGAUUGAAUUGCAAAAAUUUGACGGUAAUUUGAAAAAUUAUCUUUCCUUUUGGGGACUAUUUAAGAAAAUACGUGAAGAUCCCAAUAUUUCGGAUUUGGAUAAAUUUUAAUACCUCAUUCAGUUGAUUCUGAAGGGC